UACAAUUACACAUAACCAAGCAGUGCGCUGGAAUUCUAUCUCUCGUCUUCCACAAUUAUUGCAGCCGCUCACACAGCAAUGGAGUUGCAUCUCUCGUCUUCAACAAUUGUUACAUCCAUCUUUUCAUCUGUUGUAGUACUAGUUUUCUUACUGCAUACCCUCGGCAAAAAGAAGGCAACGACAGGGAAGAACCGAAAUCCACCACAAGCAAAAGGGGAAUGGCCUAUAAUCGGGCACCUACAUCUUCUAGGUGGACCUGAGCUACCUCACAAGGUUUUAGGUGACAUGGUAGAAGAGCAUGGCCCUAUCUUCACCAUCAACCUCGGUGUUCAUCAAACUUUGGUGGUGAGUGACGGGGCUACAGCUAAAGAGUGCUUUACAACAAACGACAAGGCCUUUGCAAGUCGACCAAAAGCAGAGGCAGUAAAACUCAUGGCUUAUGAUUAUGCCAUGUUCGGCUUUACUCCAUAUGGCGAGUAUUGGCGACAAAUACGCAAGAUGGUAACGCUCGAGGUUCUUUCUCAACGACGAGUUGAAAUGCUUGGGCAUAUUCGAGCUUCAGAAAUUCGAGCCUCCAUCAAAGAUUUAUAUGAUGUUUCGGUCAAGAGUUCAGAUGUGUUGAGGGUGGAUAUGGGUCAGUGGUUUGGAAAUUUUGUAGUAAACAUUAUGGUUAGAAUUAUUUCCGGGAAGAGGUUUUCGCCUAAGGAUGAAGAAGGCGUUCGAUUUCAGAGCAUAGUAAAAAAGUUCUUCGAGUUAAUGGGGGCAUUUGUGGCUUCUGAUUUUAUCCCUUAUCUCAGGUGCUUCGAUGUGGGUGGAUACAUAAAAGCCAUGAAGAAGACAGCGAGAGAUUUGGACGAUAUCUUUGACGGCUGGUUAAAGGAACACAAAAUGAAUAGUAACUCUUCACAGCAACAUGAAGGCAACCAAGAUUUCAUAGAUGUGCUAAUUUCCGUUCUUCAAGGUGCUUCUGAAGAAGCAUUCCCGGGGUUUGAUCACGAUAUAAUUAUCAAAUCCACAUGUCAACAACUCCUAGUAGCAGGCGUGGACACCACAUCUUUGACAUUAACAUGGGCUUUGGCAUUAUUGCUCAACAACCCAAAAGCAUUAGAAACUGCCCAAGAUGAAAUUGAUGAGCAUGUUGGAAGGGACAGGCUGGUGGAGGAGUCGGAUUUGAAGAACUUGGUCUACCUGGAUGCCAUCAUCAAAGAAACAUUCCGCUUAUACCCAGCUGGACCACUCUCAGUUCCUCACGAGUCACUAGAGGACUGCAUUGUUGGUGGAUAUAAUAUUCCAAAAGGCACUCGUCUGUUGGUAAAUCUCUAUAAGAUGCAACGUGACCCUAAAAUUUGGUCAGAGCCUCUUGAAUUUAGGCCUGAGAGAUUCUUGACUAGUCACAAGGGUAUCGAUGUCAAGGGAAACCAUUAUGAAUUGCUUCCUUUUGGUAGUGGUAGACGAAUGUGCCCUGGUAUUUCUUUUGCCCUCCAGGCUGUGGGUUUAACGCUAGCUAGCUUGAUUCAACAGUUUGUCCUUAAAAAACCAUCAAACCAACCUGUUGACAUGACUGAAAGCUUGGGACUGACUAUAGGCAAAGCAACACCACUUGAAGUCAUUUUGGCCCCUCGAUUAUCCUCUAAUAUGUAUCAGCAUCAUGUUGGCUCAUGA